AUGAGCUCUGCCUUUGGAACUGUAGUUCCUUCAUCGGGAUUCAGCUUCUUCAGCAACGGCAACAAUAGUGGGACUCAGCACAAUGUAACUUCUAAGAAUGCGUCUGGAAAAGAUAGACCUAAAAGGCAGCAAGACUCGAGGAAAAAGUUCGUUGAUUCAAGGACGAGUACUAAAGAUCAACCAAAGAAUCAGCGUAGAGCUCCGAAGAAGAAAGGCAAGCGAUUGCUUAGGGAGACUAAGGAUGAUAAGCGCAUUUUUGCAGCGGGCCCACUUUUAAAUUCCUUCUCUCCAGAACAACUAGGCUUUCAACGCUUAUCGCAUAAGCCCAGAGAGAUGCCUAAGUAUCUGAUACAGCAGACACCUCAAUUAAAGCGCAAAAUGUUUAAACAAGAUCCUUGGGACCUUGAAAAUCAGAAGAAAAUGACACAAUUGGAGAACACCAUAUCUGAUGUAACCACGCUUUGGGAAACGUUGAGGAAGAUGCGGGAAGUUGAGAGGAAAGUAAUGGAAGAUAAAAAACUUGUCGAUAAAGCUGACCACGCCAAGGACUUAAAUGAAGCUAUUACGUUCCAGGGAACUUGCCUAGAUAUGUGCCCAAUUUUCGAACGUGUUAGGAGGAGUGUUGAAAACAAUGUUGUGGGGUAUGAAAAAGAUGAUCCAAACAGUCAGCGGAUCUCAAGAUCAAAAGCGCUGAAGGUGUUCGCAAGACCAGCGGCAGCAGCAGCUCCACCUCUACCCUCUGAUGUCCGGCCCCCCCAUAUUCUCCAAAAGACCUUAGACUACAUUGUCGAGAACAUUAUCCAACAACUACCAGAUUGCGAAAGUUUUCUUUGGGACAGAAUGAGGUCCAUUAGACAAGAUUUCACAUAUCAAAAUUAUUUUGGACCAGAGGCAAUUGACUGCAACGAACGUAUUGUUCGCAUUCAUUUACUAAUCUUACACAUAAUGGCGAAAUCAGAUGUUGAGUACAGUAGACAACAAGAAUUGGAACAACUUCAUAAAGCGUUAAUUACACUGUCCGAGAUUUAUGAUGAAGUGCGAUUAAAUGGCGGAUUUUGUCCCAAUGAAGCAGAAUUUAGAGCAUAUUCGCUACUGAGCAGAAUAAGAGACCCCGAAUAUGAUAAGAUGAUUCAGGAUCUACCCGAGAAUAUAUUCCGUGACGACAAAGUUCAGCUGGCCAUCUGUUUUAGAAGGAUUAUAUCAAACUCGAAUUAUUCGGAAAGAGGCUACAUCAGAACAGAAAAUUGCAUGAAUCUUUACGCCAGAUUUUUUCAGCUAAUUCAAUCUCCAGAAAUCCCAUUCCUAAUGAGCUCUUUUUUAGAAGUUUAUGUUAAUGAAGUUAGAUUUUACGCUGUAAAAUCGUUAUCACAUUCGAUUAACAGAAAGCAUAAGCCAAUUCCCAUGUCAUACUUGGAACAGACUCUUCUUUUCAACAACGAUGAAGAAAUUCGAAAUUUUUGCAAGUAUUAUUCGAUAGAUAUAAAUGGGGACGGUGUUCUACUUACGUCUCUUGAGCAUCAUUCGCACAUUCUACCGGACACGAAACCAUUGAAACAGAGCUACUUGCUUUGUGUUGAUGGCAAGCUGCAGAUGACAUCAUUGGUGCAGCUCAUUAACUCGGGUUCUUCGAAUGAUAUAGCCUCACCACUUUUAGAAUCCAAAACCUCCUUGCCCGCUGCUGCAGUUUCAGAAAGUCACGCUCUGAUUCUUUCAAACAGUGAGUUGUCAAAUACACCUACGCCCACUCCACCUGCAUUUGAAUUCGUUACUGGAACAGGCUACGAUACAAAUAAAAACGACCAGACACACGGCAAGACGGUUUCAGACACUCCAUUUAGCUUUCUCAAUAAUUUUAAAGAAAGCACUGAUAAAGCCCACAUUGUAGAGGCAAAACGAAAAAACGAAAUGAAAGAAAAUAAUAAAAAUCUCAACCUGAAUGAGAAUCAAAACAAAAACAACAAAGAAUCGGAGAAGAUUCCUGCGCAAACGUUCACAAAUAACGCUGAGAUUAAAAGACAAAUUCAGGAGCAAAAAGUUCUGCAAGACAAAGUCAAACAAGAACAGAUAGAGAGGCUUAAGUUUGAGAACAAGAAACUAGCUCUUCAGACACAGAUUAAAAAUGAGGACAAAAAACUUGAGCAUCAGGUAGUCGGUUUCGUAGCGGAAAAAAUAAUACGAGAAACAGUCAAUCAAUGUGUCACCAAAUGCGUAGAUGAAAGAAUUUGUGCCGAGAAGGAAAGAAAGAACAAAAUUGAAGGAUUAUCAAAGGAGCUAUAUCGAGCUUUUAUCCACGAAAAACUUUAUUUCAUUUAUCUUGAUGUUAAAGCAGUAAAUUAUGAUAAGCUUCGUAUCUUGCGGCAUAAUUUUAAACAUUGGAAGGAAUCUGCAGCUUCGAAACAGAAAGAAAAGGCAGUUAAAAGACGCCGAAUGGAGGAAAUUACUCAAGUCGGAAAACAACUGGGCGUGCCAUUGAUUAAACGGUCGAGGAUAGAGACAGACAAUUCAAAUCUUGCUGACAAUUUUUCAUUCUCUCUUCCUUGCACAUCAGACAGUCCAUUAAUAUAUACACCGACUCAAAACGAAGAGAGUCAUUUCACUAAUUCUAUGCGAAAAAACUCUGACAUAUGGAGACCGAUUGAUCUGAAAAAAUCAUUUUUGGAUUUAAUAUCAGCUAAUUAUGAUCUUGAACGGAAAGAUUCAUCUUUUCGUUCAAUAGAUCUGAAUGACCUUCAAAACUCAAACGAAGAGAUUGUUGACAUAUUCAUUUAUUCCAGAAAUUGGAACUGUAUAUCUGGAAAUUGGCUUUUGAAUAAGUUUGGUCUGUACGAAAAUCCUGAAAAGCAUUUGACAUUGAGCAAUGAAAUCAUAUCCGUAAAUGUUUAUCCGCUUGGAAAUGAGUUCAAACCAUCAAAGUUUGAAAACCUUCAGCUGCUAGUUUUCAAUAGUGGCGUGACAGAAAAUGAUAUAUUCGAUUUGGACUUGAAACUAAAACAAGAUGGAGAAAAACUUAUUGAGUUAGUUCACGGGGCUGCACUGAAUACCAAUUUCAAGUUUUCGGUACUAAUAGUUUAUUGGGAGUCGGCUGAAAAUCCACUGUCAACGGACGAAAUAGUGAAAUUUCUUAAGAUUAAUAAAAUCGCCAAAAUUUUUAGUACUGUGAUCAACGACAUCGAAAUAGUCAAAAUGGCUAGCAAUGACCCACAUCAAACCCUAGUGAAUGGCGUAUCCAAAAUUGCGAGUACUUUCAAAUUUGAACUUACUGAGCGCGGUAUAUAUUAUUGGUCUUUACGCAAGAGAAACCUAAGCGCAUCUUUGUCAGCCGCCUACCAGCCAACUAAAAACAUCGACGAAAAAAUGCACAAUGCUUUGCAGCUGGAAAUGGAGAAGUACCGUCAAGAAAAAGAUCAGAAUAACACAUAUGCACACUUGAGGUCACAUGUGGCCGCCUCUCCUAGAUCACGCAGGAGGAAGCUCCCUGUAUUAUUAUCUGAUUCCCAUAAUAGCAAAUUUAAGACACCUCUGGCUCUCCGUCCACAUAUGCGGAAAGGCUCCUCAUAUUCUGUUCCUUCUGCACCUUCACAUUUAGCAACUAAAUUCGACCAUCACGAGCAUAUUGCCCCGAGACUUGUGUCGAUGGCCACUCCCAGCCAUCCAAGACGCUUAACAGUAGACUGUCCUGCAAUUCAAAGUACGCCUCCAAUUGCAUCCAUAAGUAGCCGCAGAGCAGCAAACACUAGUGGCAUAUCAAAUGUAACUUUUGGCUCACCCUUCUCGACGCCGUCCAACAAGAUGCCUGCUAGGCCUGAAGGAGUCAUCAAUGACAUUUUGCAGGCUCCAAGUGCCGAGGAAUCUUCAAUGGAGGAGAGCUCUGGGAAAUUCGUUCCAGACAGUGUUUUAGAGCUAAAAGAUUUAAUUGCAUCUGUUAAGAAAAAACUAAACAAGCACUAA